AUGUCGACAGGCAUAUCAUCCGGCAGAGGUGCCUCAGGGCCAGGCACACGCACAGCCUACCGCCUGCCCACUCUUUCUGCCGAAGCCAACAAGAAUGUCCUUUCGCUUCUCCGUCUCAUCAUCAUCUUCCUCAUCGCAGGCGCCGCCGUGUCGUCGCGUCUCUUUGCUGUUGUCCGACACGAGAGUAUCAUCCACGAGUUUGACCCUUGGUUCAACUUCCGCGCCACCAAGGUGUUGACGACCGAUGGCUUUUAUCGCUUCUGGAAUUGGUUCGAUGCUACAGCAUGGUAUCCCUUGGGUCGUGCUGCUGGUGGCACUGCGUAUCCCGGUCUCAUGGUGACAUCCGGUGCCAUCUACAACUUGUUCCACUCGCUUAAUAUCCCCGUCGACAUUCGAAACAUUUGCGUUCUGCUCGCACCCGCCUUCUCCGGCCUUACCGCGUGGGCAACUUACAUGUUCACUGCAGCGAUGAAGGACGAUGCUGCCGGCCUGCUGGCUGCCGCCUUUAUCGGUAUCGCCCCUGGCUACAUCUCGAGAUCCGUCGCUGGAUCGUACGACAACGAGGCGAUUGCCAUCUUCUUGCUCAUGAUGACCUUCUACCUCUGGAUCAAGGCGCUCAAGGACGGCUCGGCGCUGUGGGGUGUCGCUACCGCCCUCUUCUACUUCUACAUGGUCGCUGCAUGGGGUGGAUAUGUCUUUAUUACCAACAUGAUCCCCUUGCAUGCGCUGGUGCUCAUCCUCAUGGGAAGAUUUAGCUCGCGCCUCUACGUGUCCUACUCGAGCUUCUACGCCCUCGGCACUCUUGCUUCGAUGCAGGUGCCUUUCGUCGGCUUCCAGCCCGUUCGCACCAGCGAACACAUGGCUGCCCUUGGCGUCUUUGGCCUUCUCCAGCUCGUCGCUUUUGUCGAGCUCGUCCGAUCGCACGUGCCCAGCAAGCAGUUCAAGCUGCUGCUCGUCGCCUUUGUCGUGGCCGUCGCCGCGCUUGCCUUUGGCGCUCUCGUCGCGCUGACGUAUGCCGGCUACGUCGCACCCUGGACCGGUCGCUUCUACUCGCUUUGGGAUACAGCUUACGCCAAAAAGCAUAUACCUAUCAUUGCCUCGGUCUCGGAACAUCAGCCUCCCGCCUGGCCGGCGUUUUUCUUCGACUUGGAGAUGCUCAUCUUCCUCUUCCCCGUCGGCGUGUUUUUACUGUUCAAGGAGUUGCGCGAUGAACACGUGUUUGUCAUCAUCUAUGCGGUCAUGGCCAGCUAUUUCGCUGGAGUCAUGGUCCGACUCAUGUUGACGCUCACUCCUGUGGUUUGUGUCAGCGCAGCGAUUGCCAUGAGCACGCUGUUGCAGACGUAUCUCGAUCCUAAGGAGCCGACGCCCGUUGUGGAGGGGGAGGGGACCGAUGCGGUGGAGGAUGCGAGAUCCUCGACGCGUGCGUCAGCGACGACGACGACCGCUGGUUCGCGCAGGGCAGCUGUAGCCGAGAGUUUGAGCUCCACGGACUCAGACCUCUUGAGACCCGCUUCGCCUGUGUUCGGGGGGUCCAGCUCCAAAUUUGGCGUAUUUGGGCUCGACUCACGCUUCUUCGUCACGAUCUACUCGCUGCUGCUGCUGCUUGUAUUUGUGCUGCACUGCACGUUUGUCACUUCCACCGCUUACUCUUCGCCCUCGGUGGUGCUGGCCUCACGCAACGCCGACGGAUCGCAGCACAUCAUUGACGAUUUCCGCGAAGCCUACUACUGGCUGCGCCAGAACACCGCCUCGGACGCCAAGGUCAUGUCGUGGUGGGACUACGGCUACCAGAUCUCGGGCAUGGCUGACCGUCCCACGCUGGUGGACAACAACACAUGGAACAACACGCACAUCGCCACGGUCGGCAAAGCGAUGUGCUCGAACGAGGAGCGAUCCUACCCGAUCCUGCGCAAGCACGACGUAGACUACGUGCUGAUCAUCUUUGGCGGUCUGCUUGGAUUCAGUGGCGACGAUAUCAACAAGUACCUGUGGAUGAUCCGCAUCGCACAAGGAGUGUGGCCGGACGAGGUGAGGGAGAUCGACUACUUUACGCCGCAAGGUCAGUACAAGGUGGACGAUGGCGCGACCAAGACGAUGCGGGAAAGCUUGUUGUACAAGAUGAGCUACUAUCGAUUCAACGAUCUGUUUGGAGGUAGGCCGGGAAUGGAUCGCGUCAGGCAGACACCCGGGCCGACCAAGAGCCCGGAGCUGGACCAUCUGGAUGAAGCGUUCACGUCCGAGAACUGGAUCGUGCGCAUCUACGAGGUCAAGAAACCGGAUGCGCUGGGUCGAGAUCUGCCGGGGGUAAAGGCGUUUGAGGGCGGUAAGCGCAGGAAGCGCGCUUUUGCGCUACCUGCCCCGGCGGCGGGGGGUAAAAAGUAA